AUGUCUACGAUAUCCACGCCCCAAGUCGGUGGCACCUCGUCUGCCUUUGGCUCGCCCAGCGGAGCCGGCACCAUGUCCUCGCCUCGGCCAACGAUCCCACCACCGUCCUUUGCGCCGGGGCCAUCGAAUGCGGCGGGGAAUGCCGGUCCACCGCAGCCCAACUCUACCUUUCGCCGGCUGGUGUGGUCCGGCACCAUCCCCAUUGCCGUCUCCCUGGACCCGUCGGAUCUACCCCCCGGCUCGGACCAGGCACUCGCUUCGACCUACCUCAUCGUGCCGCGCGUCUCGUACCUGCCCCUCAUUGUGGAAGAGGUGCGGCGGUCGAUGGUCGAGCUGGUGCUCGACGACAAUGCACUUGCGGCGGUCGAUGAGCGGGAAUGGUGGUUCGAGUACGAGGGGCAACCGCUCAGGUGGCACUGGCCGAUCGGAUUGCUGUACGACUACCACACGAGCAAUCCGGCCGCUUCGACGAUAGCGACGAGCGCGGCGGGCACUGCGGGUGCGCCUCCGGCAUCGCGCUUUGACGGCCUCCUCGCCUCGUCGGCCUCAGUUAUUCCGCCAGCCAUCAGCCCGACGACGUCACGGCAAGCCGAGGUAUCGGCGUUGGGGCGUCUGCCCUGGCAGAUCCGGCUACGGCUGAGCAAGCCGCCUCUGGACAAGCUGCACUCCAAGUCCGGCGUAGACAUCUGCAAGACGAGCUUCAUGUCGAUGAUCAAGGAGGCCGACUUUGUGCGGUACGGCAGCACGAAAAAGGUCGUCAACCUGCGGAGGCAGGAGCAGGACGCCCUGUGGGAGGGUGUGGUCCAGCACGACUUUGACGCGUACUGGGCGGUGGCGCACAAGCUCGUGCCCAGCACGCAGCCGCUGUCGACCUCGAGCAGCGCCGAGGCGGAGCGGGAAUACCUGAGCCGUGCGGCGGCGCUGCGCAGCGGAGGGUCCUCUGCCGCGCUCUCGGAGGAGAAGCCGGGCGGCUCGGUGGGGAUGCCGCGGCAGGCCUCAUUCACCUCGCAGUCGAACGAGUCGCAGGCGAGCCUGGCGCCCAGCAUGGUCUCGACCAUGACCGGCGCCACGUCGUCGGACGCGCACGGAGGGACGAUGACGCCGUCGGGCGCAGCGGCUACCAGCAGCAGCGGCGGCAUCCGGAGCGUGCCGAUCCGCAUCCUGCUGCCGGACGGUGCCCCCUCUGUCCAGGAGCCGGUGGCGCCGCUGCUCGAGGACGGCAGGCCGGCGACGCUGGCGACGCUGCUAUCGGGCCUCUUCCCGCUCCUCUUUCCGCCUCCGCCGUCGUUUUCGAGCUUUCAGGCGGCCAGCCCGCCGCUGGCGUACGCCGUGAUCCAGGGGGUGCGGAUGCCGCUCGACGCCGAGGUCGGGUGGCUCGGGUCGACGAUGCUCAGCCCGGACGGCUGGCUCACCAUCGUCAUCGGCCUGUUGCCUCAAGGCGCUCCAGCAUGA